GCGCGCAGGUCGUUUCGUGACACCGAGAAACCGAGAUGGCGCUCCUCUGUUUGCGGAUAUCUGCUGCUGCUGCUGCUGCUGCUGCGGAUAUAAAUAUAUGAAUAAAAAAAAAGUGGCGAUAAGGACGGGUCUGAAGGAGCAGUGAUUAGAGGUGAUCUUUAAGAAUAGUGUGCCGACUAAUUGGUUAAAGUAAAACGGCGAGGACGUGAGUGAUGGGCAGGUAGUGAGGAGGCAUUUGUUGUCGGUGUUGUUUUCUUUUCUUUUUCUUUUGUUUUGUUUUUAUUUUUGUUUUUAUUUUUAUUUCUUUUACUUUUGUUUUUCUACCUCUUUCUGUUUCUUUAUUGCCUUCGUCGAUUUUACACCGGCUGAGGCUGGUCCGUCCCACCUGAGGAAUGUUGGCUAGUUUUGAUCGAGGAUUUGGUGCCGCCCGAUUUAACGAUUGGUCAGAAUGUUAAUAACGUGAAACAGCGUCCGUCGUUUUGGGACGAUAACCGCGCGUUCGCUGGGAGACGUAUGUGUGACGGACAAGGUCGUAAAAGCAUAUCGCUGGUGGUGCAGCCGAGUCGUCGAUCAGGCGGUUGCUGCGGCUUCAGAUGCCCGAUUUUCGUUCGUGAUCAAGUGACAUCAGCUGCUGGAGUUGACGAAGUCCCGGAUACAACAGGCGCUGGGCUCCGGAAGGCGGGGGUCGAGGAGGCGCCGGGAGGAAUUGGGAAUCCGGUAGCGUAGCCAAGAAGAUGGCCUUCAACGAGAAGGUGGAUCCGGAGCUGAUAUUCACGAAACAAGAACGAAUCGGCAAAGGAAGUUUCGGCGAGGUGUUCAAAGGCAUCGAUAAUAGAACACAGCAAGUGGUAGCGAUCAAGAUAAUUGAUCUCGAGGAAGCGGAAGAUGAAAUCGAGGAUAUACAACAGGAGAUCAUGGUACUGUCGCAGUGCGACAGUCCAUUCGUCACGAAAUACUUCGGUUCAUACCUCAAGGGCACGAAGCUAUGGAUCAUCAUGGAGUAUCUGGGCGGGGGAUCGGCCCUGGACUUGAUGAAGGCGGGCAGCUUCGAGGAAAUGCACAUCGCUGUUAUACUCCGCGAAGUCCUCAGAGGUCUCGACUACCUUCACAGCGAACGAAAGCUUCAUCGCGAUAUCAAAGCCGCCAACGUUCUGCUCAGCGAAAUGGGAGACGUCAAAUUGGCAGACUUUGGGGUAGCUGGACAACUCACUAACACUACCAGCAAGAGAAAUACUUUCGUUGGUACGCCAUUUUGGAUGGCCCCCGAGGUCAUCAAGCAAUCCGCCUAUGACUCCAAGGCUGACAUCUGGUCGCUGGGGAUAACGGCCAUAGAAUUGGCCAAAGGUGAGCCGCCAAACAGCGAGCUGCACCCUAUGAGGGUACUUUUCCUCAUACCCAAGAACAACCCGCCGCAACUGACCGGAAAUUACACGAAACAGUUCAAGGAAUUCGUCGAGGCGUGCCUUAACAAGGAUCCCGAAAAUAGACCGACGGCAAAGGAGCUGCUCAAGUUUCAAUUCAUCAAAAAGGCGAAGAAGAACUCCUACUUGAUCGACUUGAUCGAUAGGUAUAAGAAGUGGAAGUCGCAACGGAGCGAAGAAUCCGAGACCGAAAGCGAGAAUUCUGAUUCUGAGGAGUCGAAACAAGACAGCGACAUGGAUGAGCCUUGGAUAAUGACGGUGAAGGGGCCUCACGGCGUGAAGGGAUCCGUCGUGCCCAAACUACCGCCAGACGAUUCGCUGACUUCUUUGACGUUGACUCACACCUCUAAUCACAGGUCGUCCAACCAUAAUCAAUCGCCAAAACCUCAUGCAAACGGCGCGUCCAGAUCUCCGCCGAAGGAUUCAAAUUUGAAUCACUACAAAAGCGACUCGAGGGAUUCGUCCCGCGAAUCACAGUCUAAACCCACUCUGUCCCGUCCACAUGAAGCAGCGCCGCCACCUCCGGUGGAUAACCGGAAAGAUGCGAGUCGAGACUCGAUAAAAGAAAGUCGAGAAUCGAGGGAAUCGAGCAGAGAAUCAACUCUGAGGGAUUCCAGGGAUAUUAGAGAGUCUCGUGAUUCUAGAGAACGAGACAGAGAAAGCAGGGAAAGGGAACGAGACAGGGAAAUUGCUCGUGAUAAGAGAAGCAGUAAGCCAGAAGUUCCGAUCGUAUCAUUAGUCGACCAUAGAGGUGGGGAUGAAAAACAAAGGCCGAAAUCAACACAGGAACUAAAACACCCUCGAAGCGCUACUCUUUUUGGCGUUAUAUUGCCCCUUCUUUCUGAGCUGCAACGCAAACAUCAAUACAUGUCUCGAGACAAUAAUAGUAGCAGCGGCGGCAGCAGUGGCGGGAGGAACGGAGGCGCUCUGGAAGAACUGAGAGGAGCUUUUGAAUUAGCAGAACGAACAUCGCCCGGGGUUAGCGAGGCUCUUGUUAGAGAGCUGCUCAAAGCUCUGUUACCCGCCAAUUAUACCGAUGCCAGGCUUUCCAUGCUCAUGGAAAAAGUAACUCUAAGAGACACGUAGGGAUGCGAGAGAGAAAGGAUUGUGAUCCAAAAAAAAAAUUACAUCUUAACAUUGUAACUAAUUAUUUUUAAUUAUUAAUUGUAAUAGUUAUUGAUUUCUACCUUUAUAUAUAUAUAUACAUAUAGAAAAGAUACGUAUAUAUACAUACAUGUGUAUAUAUAUAUGAACCAUAAAUUGUUGAUAGUUUUUACCCGAUACAGAUGGAAAAAAAUAUUUAUGUGCCCAGCUAUUGUCAUUAAUUAUUACGAUUUAUUCACUGGUAGAGAUAAUAAUUAAUAUACAGUCUAAGUUGUUCGUAAUAGGCAUUACAGCAAAAAAAUAAUAAUAAUAAUAAUAAUAGUAUUGAUAAAAAUAAUAAUAACAACUCAAGCGUUAAAGUAGGCAAAAAUAUGUAAUUUUGCAAAAAUUCUGUACUUCAAAUCAGAAAAAAAAGUUUAAUAACAGUACAGUCGCGUUAAAACUGAUCCAUUCGUACAAUUACUCCAACAGCUUUUUUGAACUGAAGGGAAGCAUUUACUGCAAAAAAAUGGUCAUUGAAGCUCGGUAGUAUUAAAAAAUAUUAAGAAAAAAAUUGUUAACGCUUUCAAACUGUUUGUAAAUAUAUUAAAAAUUGUUUUUAUGAAAAAGGAGAUAACGGACUCGAUAAUGUAGAAUAACCUGUUAGCAUGCAACCUACCUGAAACUUAACUAUCAAACUUUUCCCAUGUUACUUCUACAUAUCCGUACUAUAAGCAGAGCCUACAAAGAAAAAAAAAAGAAAAAUUAACAACACCACAAAAUACCAUUUCAUGAUUGAAACCAUGUCCAUCAAAUGUAUUCAUUACUUUGAAGAUGGUUGGGUCUCUGAAUCCGUGAAUGUUUACCCGAAGCAUCGACUGUGAAACCAUACUUUGGUUGCCAAAUGGUUCCUAAUUGAAUGGUAAACCAGUUCUUCCAAGUAUCUAUUUUUUAGUCAAGAAUACAAAUACUGAAAUUUUCUCUGAACUCUGUUGGCGCAGAUUGCUUGAAAUUUUUUCAACAAUUUUGUUUGUAACACAGAGAAGCCUGUGUGUUUAAAGUGGCAAGAUCUGUUUACAUAAAAGAAGGUUUAUAUUUCCCUGUUACAAAAACGUUCUAAACUGCACACGCUUGUACAUUUCAAAUGCAAUGACUUUACUCUUUGAGUUAUAUAUUUCAACUCAUAGAUUGCCUCAAUCUGUUGAUAUAUCAAAAUUUUAUGUUUUCACGCAAUUAUCGUUGCAGCAGGUAGUUCGGAAUUAGUACAAAGCAAUACUUUGAACAGUUUCAAUUUUCACGCCAUAAAAAUUAUUUAUGUACCAAUGCUCAACUGUUGAUUGCUACCUGCGUUCAACCGGUAUUUAGGAAUAAAAAAAAAAACGACGAUUCUGUGUUAUGAACUAGAAAAGAAAUCAUGGAGCAUAUGUGCUUAAAACUAUAAUAUUAUUAAAGCGUUGAGUUCCCUCAGAAAAACUCUGCUGUCGCUAAUCAAGUGGGCGAGUCACGACAGACCAGAAAUUUUUCAACUUUGCAUUAAAAAGAAAUAAGCAACAUACUGUGCUCAUUUUCUAGUGCUCAAUGCCGAAAGAACUUUACCCCGCAGAUCGGUUAUGACAGAACAUGUGUUAAAACAUUCUAAUUAGGUAAAGAGAGUUAUCGGAAACCUAUUCUUGCCUCAUGUAAUCAUCCAGUCACAGUGCUAACACAAUGCUGCAUUUCAAAGAAACGACCGUUAAAAUAAUUAAAUUCGUGCGAGUUUGUAUUGCUGCUGGCUAAUUUUCAGUCAGAUAAUAAUUGAAUAUAAUUUUAUAGUUUCAGCAGUACGGAAGUCAAAAAAUUUUUACUCAAAAAUCGAAAUCUAUAAGAAAAGAAGUGUGUUGGUACGUGACUCGGACUAUAAAAUUAGAUAUACUAGCUUAAAAGCUAAAGAAGACCCUGUAAAUAUGUAUGUAGCUCUAUAAGAUAGACUUAUUCUUCUAAAUAAACCGUGAUGAAGCUGUGGAGUAGCCUUUAAUAGCCCCGCAUGACACCUGGCAAAUAAUUUUGGGCAACCUCUGAACCUUGAUUAAAUUCUUUUUUGAAAAUUUAUUCCUUCUGAGUAUUAAUAAUUACAAAUAAAUAAUAACAUUUACCCUCGAAGGGCGGAUUUAACAAAUAAAAUAAGGAAGACAGAACAUCUAUUGGUUACCGUUUCAAAAGUUGGGCGCCCUUAUAAUCGAUUCAAAUUUAAUAGUUUGUCAAGAGAACUCAACUUCAACUUAACAAUAAGUCCGAGAGGAAUUGAUGUAUAUAACUUUAAAAUGAGAAAAUAUUUUAUGUUCUAAUUUCCCAAAAUUUUUUUUUAAAGAAAAUUUUCGUUACGAAAUUCAUUUUCCCAUUUACUGUGCGAGUUAUCUUUGUUUCAAACUAUUCUCGUUUAAAGUUACGAAUAUACAUUGUACAUACUUUUUUGUUAGUGUGGGUUUCUGGAAAAUACGAGACUUGUUCGAUAAAGGAAUGAAAGAAAAAAACAGUCAAUUAUCGGUGAUAAGAAAUUGCUCUAUAAAAUAUUCGAAUUUCUUAAACCCAUGUCUAACGGGGCUGAGGAAAUUUUCCACAGACAUCGACGGCAAUUUCGAUUUAUUUGUAAACUAACAUGUAUUUUAUAAUAUAUAAUAUAUUUAGUCACAGGAUUUGCUAUCGACGCUGGUAUUGUGAGAGUUUUCAUUUAUGAGCAAUAGAUGUUAUCGAGCAGAUGAUGAGAGAGAGAAAAAACGA